AUGAAAGUGCAACAACAAAGGCUGGAUCAUCCGGUUCAGGUUACGGCACCGGGCGUGCGUGCGGAAGAUGGGCGCCGCCUCGACCAAAUCAUAAAUGGCGUCAUGUCGAAUGGUACCGCCCUGCGCUGCGAUGCCACGCUGGUCACCCCGAAUGCGCGCCCACAGCAACUCAGCGUUGCACCGCUGACCCCGAUGCAUGUUUGGUGCGCAGGCGGUUGCGAGCACGGCAGUAGGUUGGUGGUCACUGACGUGCCGAAGCAGCCACCUUCAUCCAGCUGUGUGGUAUCUGUGGUGCCGCGUUUGGACGGUGGUCUGCAGGGUGCCUUGCUGCCGCAGCCUGGCGCUCCUUCGCUUGCCGUCCUUUCCCUUCUCCGAUGCGAUUCGCCUCUCGCGCUGACUCGUCUGAGGCUGGAGGAGCUCGGGGAUCGGAUGGCGCUCAUCAGCAUGCAAGAUAUUCAGGGCCACGCAGAGGAGGAGGAGGAGGAGGAGCGGGAGGAGGAGCAGGAGGAAGAGGAGGAGGAGGUGGUGGUGGUGGUGGCGGUGGUGAGGGAGGAGGAGACGGUAGCCAUGGUGACAGCCGACAGUGGUGAUGGCUCUGCUCGCGCGGCCAACUUCGGACCGUUUCAAGGACACAUGUCCCAGAAAGAGUUUGAUGAGCUUGGGUAUCCAAAGAUUCCGGACCAUUGGACCAAAGAGUGGAUGCUGAGACAAAUCGAGCUGGAAAAGGUUGACCCACGGGUCAAUCCUAAUCUGCUGCUUGAUGAGACGGACCAAGAAUUCUGGGACAACGCUUCUCGCAAACCAUACGCGAAGGCUAUUCUUAGAUCCGAGCAGCACUGGCUCCAACGGAGAAAGCUCUGGCUGCGCCAAUACGGGCAAGUUGCGCUUGCCAACAUGAUGCGCGAAGAGCUAGCUGCAGAACUGGAAACAUGCCCUCCCAGCGUAAAGCGGCAGGUUAUGCCCAUCUUGAAGUACAAGAUCACAGAAAUCGCGUUGACGAACAGUCUAAACCUUGCUCGAGCGCAGCAGCUUCCGCUAAGCGGAAUCCUCCAACGACCCGACCAGGUGCACCAGUUGCAAUCCCUCCGAUUGAAGCUCGAAGACGGCGGCCCGCAAGUGGCUGAGCAGCUUUUGGAGGAGUACAACGCACGUGCCACGGACCGAAUACGCACCAACGCCAGCAUCAAGCAAGAGGAGGAAAGAUCAACACCCGUGGUCUUGGAUUCCGACACCAUGGCGAAGCUCAUGAACCAAGCGCAGAAGCUCCGGAAAGAUGGGUAUAUCGAAUGGCACAAAGGUGCCGUCGAGGAGGCUUUCCGUAGUUGGUGUGAAGCAGAAGCUCACCUAUACCGCAAACGACUGCCGGAGGGUGAUGCAGGAAAUGCAAUGGUGAGCGAUCUGCAUUGCAUUCUGCUGAAAAACAUUGCGCAGGCAGCUAUCAAGCUUGGGCAUUGGUCAGAUGCGUUGCGAGCGUCAGACGAUGCCCUUGCGAUAGACGACGAGGAUCCAAAAGCAUGGUUUCGACGUGCCUGUGCGUUGGAAGGCCUAGGACGAUAUCCGGAGGCAAAGGAGGCCCUGGAGCACAUCGAGGCACUUGCAGUUGGACGUCCUGAUCGUGCUCGCUUGGUUCGAGAUGUCGGGACCCGCCGCGAGCAGAUAGAUUCCUUGACGGCGAAGCACACGCAGACGGAGCGUCUCGCGAUGUGCAGAGCCCUGAAACAGCGGGUGUUCGCAGAGGACACAGUUCCGUCCUUGGAGAUGAAUGGCAGCCUGGACCACGUGCUGGACCAGGCAUCGGACGAAGAUGAUAAAGAACUGCAGCAGCUCGAGGAAGAGCUGUUGCAACUGCAAAUGGAAGAUGCGGCGCUGAAUGGCACUUCCCGCGCAGUCUCGAGUGCUGCUCCCGCGGUGACGAAAUGCUUCGCCGUCGGAGAUCGCGUGCAAGCACGGGAGAUGCUGGCAGACGUAGAUGCUGGACAAUGGGGCACGGUGGUCGAGGUGGACAGUGAUGGUGACAUCAAGGUGCUUUUCGACGGACAAGACGAGGCUCAGCUGAUCUUCAGUGUGGACUUCAGCAGCCUGCUGACGGAAAGCGGGGCCAGCGACGGCGCGAAGUCCUCCUUGGGGAGUCGCGCAAGGCCUGGGGAUUUCUGCCUGACUCAUGACGGAGCAUCCGACCUGCUGGAUGCCUUGCUUUCCGCUUACCAAGAGCCUGGAUUCCAGCAGCAAGUCGCCAAGCUUGCACGAGACGUGCGCUGGGAUGUGGAAAGCUUCAGGCGGCACCUGCCCAAGGUGGCGCUCGGCCCACAGAAGGACGCGCUGCUCCGCUUCGGCUUCGAGGCCUCACUGGAGGGUGCCGGAGUGGCGCAGCGGGCGAUAGAGACCGCGAAGGCACAGGCUUCCACAAGGCAGCGUGUGGGAUUGCAGAAGCGAUCCGACGAUGUGACGAGGACGCUUUUCGGUGAGAUGUACAGUGUCGCAUUCCCGAGCUCCUAUGUGCGAAGCAGCCAGUCGGCCGAUGUGCAGUCCGUGGGCCAUUCCUGCCAUUUCCCAACAGCCAGCGAGGCAUUUCAUGUCGUGGUGGAAGCAGUGGAGGUGAAGCAUCUUUUCAAUGCUUGGGACGUGUUAGUUGAGUAUGCUGAUGGUGGAGAUGCUUCGGUCCCUACAGCGUCUGUUUCUCUGUCUUCCUUACGCACUCGUCAAGAGGGCAAGCCGUGUUGCCCCUCGAAAUGUCAUGCAGUCGGUCCACCCUGCGGUUGGCAAAGAAUCUGGCGAAUCUCUUGCUCAACGGAUGUGCUGUGGGACCGACAUGCCAUGCUUCACAAGCUUCCGGGAUCGACGGACACCCUACCAUCCAUUGUAGCCGACGUGCAUUCCGCUGGGUUGUCCGCACUUCCGGCUGCGGUCCUUGCCCGCAUCCUCCUCAGCUGCGAUCUAACGGGUCUCUGCUGCUUGGCAGCCGCAGCUUCGUUGUUUUGCUUGGGUUCUUCGGAUGUCGGGGAAGCGAUGCCGCUGCCCUCUGAAAAGGGUCCAGAUCGCUGGCUCUCCUUUGCCAGGGCAUCUUUGCUCUGGGCCGACUUGUUGGCAUCCUUGCACCUUGGUUCUGCCAAAGUAGCACAAAGGUUCCAGCAGCUUGCCCGGCAAGCACGGGUAGUUCCGAGUGCGUGGAUCACAGGCAGCGGCCAAGCCACAGCAGCCUCUUUCUCAGCCUACAUGUCAGCCACGAUUACAGCGGAGGCAUCGUGUGCGGCAAUGUGCCCCGAUGCUGCUGGGCUCAUGGCCACAGGCCACGAACACGGCAUCCGCUUGUGGGGAAUGCCGGAGAUGUCCAAGCUCGGCGUCAUCAGAACGAGAAGCCCCGUAGUGGCCCUUGAUCUGGGAAGGGCAGGAGACUUCCUGGCUGCCAUACAGAAUGGGAGCCCGGUCUUGCUGCUCUGCAUCUGGGACCUGACGUCGGAGAUCGCUGGCCCAGGGCUUUCACCGCCACUUUGGUCCAUGAACGUGUCCUCGACUGCCCCCUUGAGUUUUGUUGGACGGUGUAUACUUAUACCGAGUACGACGAGUACGAGACCAGGGCUUGAAAUGCUGGAUGCCUCUGAUGGCGAGCGCAUCCAGUUCAUCGACCUGCCCAGUUGCCCUCAAGCCGCAUGUCGCUGUAUAGAGCCGCAGGAAUGGUGGUGCGAGGCUCCGUCUUCGCGCGCUGCCACAACAUGCAUGCUUCUGGCCGUGGGUUGCACGGUCCUUGCGAUUUCCGAGCACAGUGCUUCCACACAUGUACAGGGAAGCGACAUCCUUGGAUUUGUUGAGCCGGAGCAGGGAUGCGCCCAACUUGUGUCCUUGGGUGCUUCUAGUACCGAAGUCGCCGCAGCUACCGCGGACUGUCGGGUGCUACUUUGGAAGUUGGUCGACCGAACAUUGCUGGCCAUUUUCCCAGCAUUUACUGCCCUUGAUUUCGAGAACUUGUCCUGGUCGGUUGGGCAAGCAGAGAUGGCAUUCCCCCCGCAGCUGACGCAAAUGGUGGUUUUAGAGGAGGUGCUUGUUGUUGCUUGUAAUCUGGGGCAGCCAGGUGACGCUUCUGCAGGCUGUGUCCUGACAGCUUGGCAUACAUCAACGGGGACGAGGUUGCCACAUCCCUGGCACCUUGCCGGGCCGCUGGAGGCCUCCGCCUCCCGCCACAGUUCGUCCAUCCCGGUCUUUCUUCCAGGCAGACUCGCGGGGCGCUCAGAAAUUCGGCAGCGCCUUCUGACCUCCCGAAUCGAUGGUCGAAUUUGA